CUUCCUAGAAAAGAAUUAUUUGAUAACCGUUACUUCAAAAGUUGUGCUGUAGUUGCAAGUUCUGGGGCUCUCAGGGGGUCAAACUUGGGAAGAACUAUUGAUUCGUAUAACGUGGUACUUCGAUUUAACAACGCUCCUACAAAAGGAUUCGAAUCAGACGUGGGACGAAAGACCACUCUGCGAAUUGUUAAUUCUCAAGUUGUAUCUAAAGAAGGUUUUCUCCAAUCAAAAUUAUUUGAGAACGUAACAUUAGUUGUAUGGGAUCCUAGUAAUUACACAUCGACUUUAGAAGACUGGUAUCAUCACCCAGAACAUCAAUUCUUUACUAACUAUAGGAAAUAUAAAACAAAAUUUUUAAAAUCGAGAUUCUUUAUCGUGAAUCCGAAAUCAUUGUGGGAUUUGUGGACAUUCCUGCAAAGUUCCAUGAUUUAUAGGAUAAGGAAAAAUCCUCCAUCUUCAGGAUUCCUAGGAAUUUCUAUACUUCUUCCUCAUUGUGACUACGUUGACGUUUUCGAAUACAUUCCAUCGGUAAGGGUAAGUCGAAGGUGUCAUUAUUAUGAUAGAACCGAUAAUCCUGCUUGUACAUUUGGGGUAUGGCAUCCCUUGGCUGCCGAAAAGCUACUUUCCUAUUUUUUAAAUACUGCUAACGACACAAGCGUUUUUCAAACAGGCUUUAUUCGGAUACCCGGCUACCAAGUAACUCAAUAAUUUGGGGUGUCUAGUUUAAAUAAUAAAAUAAUUUUUUAAACAGUUCCUUAGGUAAUACGUAUAAUGGCUUGUAAAAAAUGAUAAAAAAAAAUAGUAAAUGUUAGCAAUUGUUGAGAGUUACGCAAACGAAUCUCGUUAUCAGUAAUAAAAUAAAAAAUAUUACGUUAAGUAAGUCAAUACGUUUUCCUAUUUAUUGUACCUAUUAUUGAUCAUAUUAUCUAUAAAAAAAUAAAUUAUAAGAAGACUUGUGGGUAGUUAUUUUAUACGAAGGAGUUUUUUACAGUUUUUUAAUGAUUUCAUAUCCAUUUCUUGCUUCCUUUUUUCAAAAUUUAUUAGUAACAUAAUUUUAAUCCUUACCAUCUAUUUUCCCGAGAUAAAUUGAGGUAAAAAUCUACCUAGAUCUACCAGGGGCAAAUCAAUAAACAUUAAUAAGGAUUUUCACCAUUGGAAUAGCUGGGGAGUUUUCCUGGGGUUGAAGGGGGGGUAGCCGACCAGCUGUUGAGUUAAUAUUUAAAAAGGAAAUAAAGAAACUAUCAAAAAAUAAAUAAAAAAAAAAUACUUCUUAAAUGGAAGGUUUGAUCCGCAGCUUCGAUCUAAUUAAUUUUUUCUAUCCUUCGGGAGAAAUAUUUUUUUUUGGAUAAGUUAUGUGUGUACAAAAUUUCAUGAUUGGUUUUACUCGCGUGGAUGUCUUAAAUACGUGUUAAAAAUCGUCAACGAAUACAUAAAACUAUUUCAUUCUGUCCCUGGAGAAUAGUAUUUUUUAUGGAUAAAAGGUACCCUAUGUCCUUCCCUGCAUCCCUGACAAUAUGUGCACCAAAUUUUAUGAUGACCGGUUCAGUAGUUAAGACGUGAAAUGGUAGCAAACAAACAAAAAAAAAUUCACAUUCCUAUUUAUAAUAUUAGUUACGAUUGUUCAUUAUUUUAGGGUGGUCAAUAAGUGAGUUUUGUAGGGUGAGCACUCGAAACCCAUGCCCUCCUCCACCCUCCUAAACAGUUCUAUCCAGAUUGAUAUUUUCUAAACAAUCUUUACUGAAUGCGUAAAAUCUUUAAAUGUCUCGUUCGAAAAUCGCUUGUCAGUUUUAUUACAGAAAUUGUUGUGAUUUAUGCAGUUUUACCUGUUCUAAUGUAUAAGAAUAUUAAAUACAUACUUGAAUAUAUAAAAACUAAUUACAGUCAAACUUCUUUAAAUUGAACUUCCUAAAUGCAUUUAAUUAUGAUUGAUUUAGUGAAAAUUCCAGUUCCACAGUAAGCUUAAGAUCCUAACUUAACUGCUUACUUAGUUACGAGAGUUAGAAAAGAUUUCGAGUUAUAGAAGUUCGACUGUACAUGCAUUUAUCAAUAUAUAUUGUUCACUUAUAGUUGUAUACAUUUUUAUAGGAAAUACCAUUAUUUUUACCAAUAAACAAUAAUUGUGAUAUUUAUAUGUAAAGGCUGUUUUAGCAUCAAUAAUAAACCAUGCUUCAUGACUGAUUUCAAAUGAUUUCUAUCCUAUAUACAUUUAUCAUAUAAUCUUGUAUCUUAAGUGUCCUUAAAAAAUGCAUUAUUAAGUGACUUUUCCGAAGGAUUAUUACUAAAAGGUAAGAAAAAUCUUUUUAAUUUCACGAUUUAUUGAGUUUCUUUUGAUCGCAAGACAUUUAUUCUUUAUUUUUUUUUUAUGGUUGUUGUUUUUAAC